UAUAAUCAGCCGGGAAGGUUUGCAGAAUUAUGAUAAAGUCUUUUGUAUGUGUUGAAUCGUUUUUACGCAAUUUCCCUAUUUAUUUAUUUCUUAUUACACAAAUGCCCCUUUAAGUCAAAUAAUUUUAAAUGGCACGUAACUACACUGUUUAACUUUUAAUGCGGAUAAUGUUUGUGUAAGUACUGCAGAAGAUUAGAUAUAGGUAAUAUCAGAAUACUUAAGUUUAAUCCGUGUGACAUAUCUGUUUAAUGGCCGUUUGCACCGACAAAUUUAAUCACGUUAAUUUCGCUAUAGGUUAGUCCUAGAUCGACGAACUACUUAGGACAUGAUCAAAAUCCGUUCCCUAGUAAUGGCGAUUUUAGCAUUGCUCAUCGUCUCCUUUUACUUGCAAAUGAAGUACACCGAAAAGAAAGUUAACCCACAAAGGAAUGUAACUCACGAAAAGCCCAACGGAGAUUGGAGAAAUCUCACCGUAAAAGAGAAGAACAGCUUGUCCAAACUUGGGCGAAUAUUAUUUCUCCAAGAACCAUCGCCGGAAACUCCCAAUCGUUCCACGCCAUACACUAUUUUAUUAUGGAAACAUGGCAAAAGCCUGGAAAGGAGGCACAUCAACCAGUACACAAAUCAAAGGUUAAACCCAUUCCAGUCGUGUUCGGUAAGCUGCAGAAUAACCUACGAAGAUGGUGACUUAUCCUUAGCUGACUUGGUCCUUUUCCAUAUGCAACGAAUUAAAAAUGUACAAGAUCUACCCCACACAAACCGCGUACAGAAACAGAUUUGGGCGUUCCUAACGGAUGAGAGUCCUUUCCAUACAUUUCUCUAUUCUAAAGACAACCGCAUCACAGACUACAAUGGAGUGUUUAAUUGGUCCAUGACCUACAGCUUGCACUCGGACAUUCCCGUGCCCUACGGACGCACCGUAUGGAAUAAUGCACCCGUCGACGUCUGGGACUACGGUACUUGGCAACAAUCCAAAAACCAGACCGUUCUCGUCGCCUUGAUGGCCUCAAAUUGUGGCGGCCAGAGUGGUCGCUGGCAGUACAUUAGUGAACUGCGAAAGCACAUACAGAUCGACGUGUACGGCGCUUGCGGUAAAUUGAAGUGCGCCGGACACUACGAUCUCGACUGUCCGACGCUUACCCAGUACAAAUUUUACCUCUCGUUCGAAAACUCCAACUGCGACGAGUACAUUACCGAAAAGGUGUGGUGGAACGCAUACCAAAAGGAUGCAAUACCGAUAGUGAUGGGAGGCUCGAAUAAGAGUUACAGGAAGAUUUUGCCUCCAAACUCUUACAUACACGUAAACGAUUUCGCAACACCACGCAAUCUCGCCGACUACAUCAAAUAUUUAAACGACACACCGAGUGAGCUGAAAAUUUAUUUUCAGUGGAAGAAAUCUUUUUCGGUUUUAAACGAGCACGGCUAUUUUCGGUCGGCCUCCGUUCAUUACUGUAGGAUAUGCGAAGCGCUCCAUUAUAAUAGUAAAGAAGUAAAAAUUUACACAAAUUUAGAAUCAUCUCUAGACAAGGGACGUUGUCAACCCAAGUGGUCUGCUGUGGUAGACGGUGGAAGGUAA